UAGAAAUCAAUUUACAGUGCUCCAUGGUAUGUCUGCAGGAAAUUUUCAUGAUCAUGAAUUAUGCUUGCAUGACUUUAUUCCAUUAUUCCAAUCGGCUAAGCUCAGUAAAGUGCAGUUGAUAAAUAUAGAAUAGUCAUGCAAUCAAAAUUUUUCCAUUUCUUCAAGGGGACCUUCAACGAUGCCCUCAAAGCAGGAGCAACAAUAGAUCACAUCAACUUCUGCACAAGAAGGGGGUGUGUCCAUCCGCUUAGGAAAUCAUCAUCAUCAACAACAGCAAUAGGAAGAACUGCUGGAAUUUGCAGCAGGAUGUCAAAGAGUAGAACCCAGCAUGAUAAUAACAGAGCAAGUUUCUUUGUGCGACAAUGGUCUGGUACAACUGCAGCAGCAGGCAGCACCAACAAUGCUGACCUGGAGCAAGAGAUUGAAAAAUCAUCCUCAUUGAUGGAUCUUGUGCCAUUGGACGUGUUGCCAUUUCAAAGGAAGAAUCUGAGACAUUCCGCUAUGGCUUCUUCAGCGACCAUGUACCACUUGUAUGAUGGCUUUGUCGUUCUCCAUGGCACGGACACUAUGGCCUACACGGCAUCUGCACUGUCAUUCAUGCUGGAGAACCUGGGCAAAACUGUCAUCCUCACUGGUUCACAGGUUCCCAUGUUUGAGACACUCAGUGAUGGCCGAGACAAUUUCAUAGGUGCACUGAUCAUGGCAGGAAACUUCAACAUCCCUGAAGUCACUGUUUUCUUCAACCACAAGCUGCUCAGGGGCAACCGCACCACCAAGUCAUCAACAUCCAAGUUUGAUGCCUUCAGCUCCAGCAACAUGCGACCUCUAGCGACUGUUGGCAUACACAUACAUGGUGCGUCUUCCAUAGCC